AUGAGCUUUGGUCGUGCAGUCGAAGCGUUCGCACUUACUCAAGGGCUGACCCAUUUGUCACACGCCAGUAGCCUGCUGGAUCUAUUUCUGACCACGCAUCCUGUCCCUUACAGCACUGCUGUCCUGUCCCCCCUGGCUAACUCAGACCACGGUGUUGUGGAGGUUACGUUUCGGUCAGAAGCCGCUGUAGCAGCAGAAACUCGUACAGGCCGCAAAACUUGGCAUUACGGACAUGCCGACUGGGAGGGGCUCAGAUACUACUUCUCUAGCUUUCCUUGGAGAGAUGUCUGUUUCACUGAGGCGGAUGCGUCGACUGAAUACAUCCCUCACACAGUGAAAGUUCCUAAACCAGGUUCCAACGGCUGGUUUAACAAAUCGCGUGGCACUGCUCGCCAGCAGAAGAUCAAGGCACACAGAACCUACUUACAAAACCCCACUGUAGGGAACAGACAAGCCGACGUCGAGUCCAGAAACAAAUAUAACGAAGCGCCCGAUAUAAAAGUUAGGCACAGGGUAAUGUCGCAGCGCAAUGGCAGUCGCAGAUCUACUAUAGCUCUGCUUUCUGUUAUAAGUAAAGUGAUGGAGAGCGACAGGCAGUACGGUUUCCGGCACCAACGAUCCACAGGGGACCUCCUAGCUUACGUGACGCAAUUGUGGAGUAAACUCAUCCAGUCUCAUGGUGAGGCUCAUGUAGUUGCUCUUGACAUCACGAAAGCGUUCGAUCAGCUGUGGCACGCUGCCCUCUUAAGCAAACUUCCACCCUAUGGCCUCCCAGAAAAGCUUUGCAGAUGGGUGGCAGACUUUAUCUCUGGACGCAAGAUAUCCGUCGUAAUUGACGGAUUCUCCUCUUCAUCCCACAACGUCAACGCGGGUGUUCCCCAGGGAUCGGUCUUGGCUCCAACACUGUUUCUCUUAUAUAUCAACGACCUCCUCUCCUGCACGAUCAACCCAAUCCACAGCUUCGCUGAUGACAGCACUCUACAUGCAGGAAUUCAGAUUGACACGCCGAUCUCUGCCGCUGAGCUGGAAAAAAGAAGACUAGUGACGACUUCUUCUCUGACAAGAGACCUGGAGGCUAUCACUGCUUGGGGACGCAACAAUCGUGUACAGUUCAAUGCUUCCAAAACACAGUACUGUACUUUAACGAACAAAAAGCGUCCUAGCGCUCAUACAGUUUCGAUGGACGGCCGAGUUCUACCAAAGAACCAUUCAUUCCGGCUGGUCAGAGUCCAGAUCACCGAGGACCUGAUCUGGCACGACCACAUCUCGUCAAUAGCUGCAGCUGCUGGGAAAAAGCUAGGCUAUUUGUUUAGGGCUAAGAAGUACUUUUCUCCGCAUGACCUUCUCACUCUAUACAAGGCCCAGAUAAGGCCUAGCCUCGAGUAUUGCUCACACAUUUGGGGUACUGCCGCCCCGACUACAUUAUCCAUGCUCGAUGCUGUCCAGAGAAGGGCGGUCCGACUGAUCGAUGACUCUUCCCUAACAGACAGUCUCGGGUCUCUUUCGCACCGGCGGGCCGUCGGCGAUCUAGCUCUUUUCUAUCGCUACACCAACGGGCUUUGCUCCUCAGAGCUCUCUUCCAUGAUGCCGCCGCGCGAUGUGCCUGCCAGACAGACCCGCCUGACUUCGGCAACUGGCCGAUACGACCGCUCCUUUGUCCCGAGUGAAGCUUUUCCCAGUUCUACUAACCUUAGGCAGUUCAAAAAUCGUAUUAACAAAAUUUCUUUGGGAUCAUCACAGCAGCCGCGAAUCAUCCUCCACCAAGACAAUGCAAGCUCGCACACAGCCCAAAAAACAAGGCAGUAUUUAACGGAAGAAAACGUGGAAUUAUUGGACCAUCCUCCAUAUAGUCCCGAUGUAAGUCCUAACGAUUUAUUUACUUUCCCGAAAAUUAAAAACAGACUCCGUGGUCAAAGGUUCCAGUCACCAGAAGAAGCAGUUGACGCAUUCGAAAAUGCCGUUUUAGAUCUGCCAGCAAACGAGUGGAAUAAGUGCUUCGAAAAUUGGUUCGAGCGCAUGCAGAUGUGUAUUAAUCUUCGUGGAGAAUACUUCGAAAAAUAA